UAGGAGUGUUGUGCUUAAAAUCUCAAUUAUGGCUGCCGUUAUGUUCCUCGCAGUUCAAACAGCGAGUGGCAUCAUGUGUUUCCAGUGCAAUUCAGCAAGGGACCCGGGAUGUGAGGAUAUUUCAGGAAACAACACAAGUAGCUCCUACUACAAGCCAUGUGUACAAACCAUAGGACAGACUAAACCAUUCUUCUGCAGGACUAUCAAACAGACUAUAAAAGUCGGCGGUAACCUUGUGCGGGUAGUACGAUCCUGCGGGUGGGAGAAGCACUCCAGAAGACAGUGCUACGAUUAUGAGGACGAGAACCACCGAGAAUGGGUGUGCCAGUGUUUCGAGGAUGGCUGCAACUCCAAAGCUCCUCAUGUGAUGGAGACGUCAAUCACUGCCUACGUCACGUGUCUCCUGUUGUUAGCUUUUCUUCACAUGAGCUAGUCUUCUUCGUUUCUUUCUCCACUCUUGCCUAAACAAUUUCCCGACAACCGUUGACAGUUUCCAUGUUUCGUUCCUUCUUCACCAUCACAUACUCCCCCAUACAAGCGCUCUCAAUUGUGCCAUGUACAAUACUGUGACGGGUUGCUGAAAACAUUAAGACAUGGAACCAGAAAAUCGCUUGUAACGCGGUGAACAACAGAACUUAGGUAACUUAGUAGCGAAGGUCUCAAUAAUCACGACAGAAAGGAAUUAUUGUAGACGUCUCGUAGGCAACUGAUACAGAAAUGUGCAGUUACAUCGGAGGCGCAAGAAGAGAACCUUCAAGGUUGUGCUCUCCAUACGGUUCCACCAUAACCUGCCUCAGGAAGAGAACUGGCCAGAAAACGACAGAGUGCAACAGAAGGAUAAAGGAGAGAAGACUAGAGGUUACUGCAG